UGGGUGCGUUCUUCUUCUUCCCCACUGUCGGCGAUUGGUUUUCCGCCGCCGCUGACCUCAAAGUUCACAGUCCGUCGCCACCUUCCGCGCCCGGCGACAGCCACCAUCGCCGUUCCCUUCCCCGCUGUCCGCAAUUCCGGCAAGUUCUGAAUGGGGAACAUCCUCAAUUUCACAACUGCUGUGACAGAUCAUUGCUGUCCAGGGCAACUAUGCCGAGGCGGCGGCAGCAGCAGCAGCAGAAUGGCAACCCAUCAGCUCGAAGCGUUGAGCAUUCUGGCUUUUAGAGCUUUAUUAUGCGAGCACAUACAACAGCAUGAAGCGUUCUGUCGAAAGCGGAUAGGCAGCAGUCAGUUUCAACUGCUGAGCAUUCUGCUUUGCGGAGCUGUCCAUGCCAAGGGAAUAGCGGCCGGCGAUCGGUUUAAACUGUGUGGCAUUCUGAUAGUAUGUGGAGUUAUAUCUGACCACAUCAUCUGUCACGACGCAAAGGAACCACAUGUUGACCACCCAAGAAGCAGCAGCAGCAGCAGGAUAGCAGGCCACCGGUUUGAACCGUUGAUCAUCCUGGCUUUCAGAGCUAUAUUGGAGCACAUAUGGCAGCAUAAAUCGUUUGUUCAAAAGCAGAUAGCCAAUGGCCGGUUCCAGCUCCUGAGCAUUCUGCUCUGCGGAGCAAUCCAUGCCAAGGGAAUCGUAGCAAGUGAUCAGUGUAAAAUGUGUGGCCUUCUGCUAUGCGGAGUUAUGUCUGACUACUUCUGUGAUGAUGCAAAGGACCCACCGACUGAUGUGCUUCGAGACCUUCCAGAGGGCUUACUUUGGACAAUUUUUUCAAUGUUGCCUCUAGAUGCGGCUGUUAGGACCAGUGCCUUGUCAAGGCAAUGGAGAUACUUGUGGACAGAUUGUCCUAAACUGAGUUUCGAUGGAAAUACAUUAUGCAACAAGAAAAAUCAUGGGAAACAAGUAUAUACUCCCCUGUUCAUUCACAUUGUUAAUAGGGUCUUGGAACAGUGCCGUGGCAAGUUUGUUGAAGAGCUCGCAAUCAAAAUUGAGCUGAACUGCAUGUUGGUGGAAUAUCUUGAUAAUUGGGUCCGUUUCGCAGUAUCAUCUGGGACAAAGGCACUAGUUUUUGAUUUAGCACCAGAAGAGCGUCAACUUGUAGGCCGUGAUGAUCGCUACAGAUUCCCAUUUGAGCUUUUAGACAAGGAAAGUAUAUGCCGUCUGCAGAAAAUACAUCUUAGUUUUGUAGAUUUCCAGCCACCAAUGCAGUUCAGAGGUUUCCCUAACCUACAGAAGCUUGACCUUAACUUAGUGAAUGUCAGUGGGAAGGAAAUUCUACAUAUGCUGUCAAACUGCUGUAACCUAGAGUGGCUGAGUAUUGUUAGAUGCCAUCUCAAUUGUGACCUAGAGGUUAACUGUCCACUGCCUCAUCUGCUAUACUUGAAAAUUGUGUCCUGCAUUAUAACAAGUAUAGCGUUUGAUGCAGUGAACCUUGUGACUUUUAAAUACAAAGGAAGGGCUGUGCCUAUUGACCUGAGCAAAUCAUCAGAACUGGUAUGUGCAGAUAUAUGGUUUGGUAGAGUCACUUUUGGGCACGCUAUUGCUGUACUUGCUAAAGUGCUCACAAGCGUGCAACAUCUGACCCUUGAUACGGCCUGUAAACCACAAAAGAUUCCCCGUUUGAUGCAUCACCGAUGCGAGUUUUCUCAGAUGAAAUAUUUACAGUUGAGGUUGGUCUAUAUUGAAGAAUUCGAUACCUUAUCUCUGAUCUCUUUUAUGAGGUCUGCUCCUUUCAUUGAGAAGUUAGAGCUGCACUUUUGUUUCCCUGGUUACGUGCGUUUGGCACAAGAACUUGAACCUAUCAGGAAGCUACCGGAGCAUCUGUUCAACAAUUUGAAGAGUUUACAUGUUACAGGAUUUAAAGCAUGCAUUGGCCAAGUUGAGUUACUUUCGCACAUGGUGGAAAAUGCCCCCGCAUUGGAGGUUUUAAGUAUAGAUAAUUCAGACAAAUAUCCCCUAGAAGGGCAUGAAAAGAACGCAAAAACUGUCGUUGAUUUGGUCCAUAGAAUUGUUAGAAGGUAUCUUGAAGGAAAGAUUUCGCCCAAGUGCACCUUAAUAUUACUUUAGGAGAUCUGUUGGUGUAGGGAUGCACACUGUAUAUCUAGUUAGGGAUGGCAAACCUGAUGAGGCAGCAUCAUUUAAGCAUGUCUGCAUUGUUCACUGCCAUGUACACUUGCAUUGUGACUUGGUUCUGCAUGGGGCAUUAUAAAUAUUGAAUGGGCAUAUUUCCCUUUGCAUAAAGCUGCUAUUAGCCCUCCUCUACAGGACUCCCUGUAUACAACUCUAUAUUAACCUCGGAAUUUCAUGUUUUCGCUGCAUUUUGGAUGACAUAUCGGUCCUCUCUGCUUGACACGCUCAUGUACUGACACAGGCCUUAUCUUCUUUAUCAGACACGUAGCCCUAGUUGUUAUAGUUUCUUUUUCAUCACGCUGUCUCCUCUCCCGUAUAUGCUAUAGGGUGUGGUGCUGGGAGUUAUCCGGUCGCCCAAAGCAUUUCCGCGUAACCAGUAAGGAGUUGUCUGCUUCUGUAUAAUCCUUAUAUUUUUUUUUUCUUCCUCUUGAUUUACCGGCUGUUAUUCCUCUGGUUACCGGUUGUGCUCUCCUCUGCCCCUGCUGGCCUGCGCCGGGCUGUGCACCUGCCUCCACUGGUUGAGCUUGCUACUUGCCUACUCGCGCAGGCAUACAGCUGGAGAGCUGAGCUGAUGCUCCUCCUUGCUCCUGUCUUAUCAUUUCUCCUUUUGUAUCUGUCUAACUGAACCUUAAAUUGGUGCAAUUUGCUAUGAAUUUCAUGUCAUAGAAUAGAAGAUGAAGAGAUAUUAUCCAUCAGUGCCCAGCAUCAAAGCUCAUGGUUUCAGAUUUGCAUCAAUUAUGAGCUGUUUUCUUUAAUGCUUAUGCGUUGAUUUCUUGAAGGUGUUUGUUCUUCUACUGUUGGUGUGGUCAGAGGAGACUCAUAUCAACCAACCCAUCGAGUCCUUGUGUUAUCUUUUGUUUCCCUGUACUAUUAUUUGUAGUUUUAUAUCAAUCAAAGCAUGAUUUAAAGUUCUGAUUCAUUCUGCAAUCGAGCAUAUAUGGUUUGACAUCAGGCAUUUCUCGGUAGUUAUAAGAUCUUAUUUUUGAUCUGAGGCUGCUCCAGUCCUUGCUGAGCCACUGGGCAGAGACACUCCAUGAUUGCUACUGCCAGGGCAUGUGGGUUUCGGCACACCAACGCAUCAGGCUCUUCAUCUUCCAGGAACCUAUGCAAUCUCUUUAGCUAGCACCAAGUGUGCCUGUUAACUCCAACCAUGAUUUGGUUUUGGCGCAUUGCAUCCGCGUUCUUGCCCUUUACGUGUUUGGUUUGUUUCUUUGUGCAAAUAGAGGGACCUGUUGUAAUCAGGAAUUAUGCGAGAUACAUUGUAGAUGAGAAAGAAGAAAUCACAGGAGCAUGAUGUAGUAAGUUCCAUCCCUAUUUAUUUUUCAUGUGUAUGAAAUCCCUGAUUUGUUUAGUUUAUGCAUCUGAUGUCUGCACUUUAUUUGUAGGCUGCUACACAGGUAACUGUGAAGAAAAAUGCGUUAUUGUUUUAUUGUGCAAAUUAGUUUGCACAUUAAUUAUUUAUUACUACUAGGCUGGCCACUAAUUUGGAGUGUAAUUUCUGAUGUAUGCACUAACUGCCGACCCUACCGGCAGUAUUAUGGAAUUAUAUAUGAGCUAUGCAAAAAACCAAGUUUGUUAUUCGGCAGAUGAAUUGCAGAAGUACACUUAGAUUUUAUCUGGUUUCGUAACAGUUAUCCUCUGUGUCCCUUGAAUGCAGCCCCCCCUCUCGAGAUACAGGGCUUCAACAUGACUCAGGACUCCAGAUUCACCAUUUAAUCUCCUACCAGAAGCACAAAGGCCUCCUAUCAUUGUGGAUUGUUAUAUUGUGUUCUCUAAAUUACAUAGAGCUGAAAGAGGAAAAUGGUAUAGGAUAUCUCUGCGUUGAUACUGCAUAAACAUAGCUAUGACUCAUACAUGCCUGGAAAGAAGGCACACUAGGAAGUAUUUGUAUCUUUCAAUUUAGGAUUGUUUUUGUCUAGCUCUUACCGACAAGAAACUCUACUCACAAAUCAUCUGUUUUUUUUUUCAGUUGUUGGCCUCGCUAACUAGGCUAAUUAAAAUGCCGAGUACGCACAGAUGAUUGGCUUCAUGAAAAACAUUUGAUAGGGUCUGUGCAAGCACGAAUAUCAGUAAGAGAUAUCUUUUCAUUGUUAUUAUAUCACACUUCUGAACUUCUUUUGCAGCACUACCGCGCUUGGUUGUCCUCACCCCCGCCCCCCUGGCUGGGCAGCGUUGGUCAGGGUCAUAGAGAAGCCAGCUGGAGGAGGUCUUCUCAACUUGGUCGAGGCGAGCAGCACUAAUGCAAUCACCAUUGCGCAUGCCAUGACACUGGCGAGCAGGCCCAGUGGCAACCACAAUUGCUGAAAGCUCCUUCCCGGCUAUACGACUUGCCCACUGAUGCUCCUCCUUACCCUGCGACAUGGGCUUCCAACCGUGCUUCCCCAUCUAUGGCCGCCCCACCUCCAGCUUCCUGAAUCCUACUCCCUCCGUUCCUAAAUACUUGUCUUUCUAGAGAUUUCAACAAGUGACUACAUACGGUGCAAAAUGAGUGAAUCUACACUUUAAAAUAUGUCUACAUGCAUCCGUAUGUUGAGUCCAUUUGAAAUGCCUAGAAAGACAAGUAUUUGGGAACGGAGGGAGUAGACCGCAUGGAAAGGGAAUGCAUUUUCUUGAGAUGUUUCUGAAGUAGAGCAGAGGGAAGGAUGCCUAGGUACAACGAAACAGUGGCAAGGCGGCAUGCUAGGAAUCAAGCAGAAGACCCAGACCAUUGGAGUAUCGGGCCACAUAUUUCAGACUUCACUUGCAAAUACAACCAGCAGGGUUCGAAGGUUCUCAGUCAAAAGAGAGCUCAAUGGAUUUGCUCAUAUUCAAGCAAGAGAAGCCUAUCGAUAGAGUAUGCCACUUGUUGCUUUUCACCUUGUAGUGGCUUGAGCCACAGUUCUGAAACUUGUGAUGUUCAGAACGUGUUGUCUAAACUGGAGGUGCCGAAUUGCACUCUUGUUUUCUUUUCUGCUGUAACUUGUAAGAACCCUUUUAGUCAAUGAUGAAGUUCAUGAGUUCAGAAAAGAUGUAUCUGUUUGUUCUUUUGCGCAUCACAGAAAAUUCUCACGAAAAUUGCCUUGUA